AGAGCGCUCGUGUCGUGAGAUCCGUCAAAUUUGGACAGAUCAGCCAACUCUACACACACAUACUGCUACAACAGAUUAUCCCUCCAGACUCACAAAAAUACUGCGUCCGCUUCUUUGUUGCCGUAUUUGCGGCGAAAUCAGGACAAAUCUGCGGACGUUGCUGCCGCAUUUAAAGAAGAGUCACUUACCCCACAUUUCCCGGAAAUACAGCGCAGAGGGCAUCGGUGUGAGGAUGGCUGCCUACAAACUGGUGCUGAUCCGCCAUGGAGAGAGCUGCUGGAACCAGGAGAACCGCUUCUGCGGCUGGUUCGACGCGGACCUGAGUGACACCGGGGAGCACGAGGCAAAGAGGGGUGGACAGGCCUUGAAAGACGCUGGCUAUGAAUUCGAUAUUUGCUACACCUCUGUCCUAAAGAGGGCCAUCCGCACCCUGUGGUUUGUUCUGGACAGCAUCGACCAGAUGUGGCUGCCCGUCCACCGGACCUGGCGCCUCAAUGAGCGCCACUACGGUGGCCUGACUGGGCUGAACAAGGCUGAAACGGCAGCCAUACAUGGAGAGGCCCAGGUCAAGAUCUGGAGGCGCUCCUUUGACAUUCCUCCCCCAUCCAUGGAUGAUGGGCAUGACUUCUACCAGUCUAUAAGCAAGGACCGGCGUUAUGCCGACCUGACGGAGGACCAGCUUCCCAGCUGUGAGAGUCUCAAGGACACCAUCGCCAGGGCUCUGCCUUUCUGGAACGAAGAGAUCGUCCCACAGAUCAAAGAGGGGAAGAGGGUGCUGAUUGCUGCCCAUGGCAACAGCCUCCGGGGCAUCGUCAAGCAUCUGGAGGGUAUGUCAGAGGAGGCCAUCAUGGAGCUGAACCUGCCCACAGGUAUCCCCAUCGUGUACGAGCUGGACAAGAACCUGAAGCCUUUAGGACCCAUGCAGUUUCUGGGAGAUGAGGAGACCGUCAAGAAGGCCAUGGAAGCUGUCGCUGCUCAGGGCAAAGCCAAGAAAUAGACCCCCCCGAUGAGCUAGAGUACAGAUCAAUCAUGUGCUGUUCCGUUAUUAAGUUAUUAUAAAGUCACUUACUGUUACAGUCAUCACACAGACACACAAUGUGCACUUUAUUUUGAUGAUACCCAGCUUUCGCACGAUUGAUUUGAUUAGUCUUUACUUUGUGACAUACUGAAACACACAUGUCAUUAUUACACAGUGGAUAUUAGCUGUGAUAUGGUUUAAGCACUGACCAAAAUGCAAAAUAUGGGACCAGCAAGUAGGAGCAAACGUAGACUAACCCUGCAGAGUCUCCCCAUGUAUUAAUUCAUAUUUCCGAUCCAUGUAGGUGAUGCUCAGAGGGAGCAGUGGCUUUAACCUAUAAAGAAACACUGGCUGUUGUUAAAAAGGCAGGUUGCUAUGCUCUGCAAUGCUGAUUUAUGUUUGAUGUGGCAUUGUGAGAAAAAUAAUAAAUGUUGUGAGCCAUUAUGUGAUGAAAUCUUU